CGAAAAUUUGCUUUUGGUUUUUUGGCAGUGUCAGCUUUUGAAAAUUUACUAGUGAAAGUGUUUACCAACGAAAGAGUAUUAGUUUCCAUUCUUCCCUUCAUUUAUUUAAUAUUCGGUCUGUGACUCAACUCUUAGAUGACAGAAAAGAGAAAAAGUAUAAAUCUAACCUCAAAAAGUCAAAAGUCAAGUGGAGAGCUGGCGAAUAAAAUUUUGGUUGUUUGUUCCUAUUUCAUAACUUAAUCAACCUUAUAUUCCUACUAAAAAGUAAAGUGUAACAAGGAUAUUACCUUGCAUACAUUUAUAAAAAAUGGCGGCACCUCCAGAAAUGAGUGAAGCUGAUCAAAUUAAAACGUUCAAGGAUUUUCUUAUGCAGUACAACAAAUUGUCGGAAUUGUGUUUCAAUGACUGUAUUCAUGACUUUACUUCCCGAACGCUAAGACCAACUGAGGAAAAGUGUACGCUGAAUUGUAUGGAGAAGUAUUUAAGGAUGAAUCAGAGGGUUUCACAAAGAUUCCAUGAAUUCCAGAUGAUUGCCAAUGAAAAUAUGUUAGCAUUGGCGCAAAAAUCGGGGAAUCCUAGCUAGUGAAUUAUUAUAAUUGCGUUUCUUAUUUAGGUUCUUAUUUCAAAUGUUAAUGAAUAUAGUAAUGUUGAAUAAAACCUGUGUUUUAAGUUGAUUUACUGUGAUAUAGUGAAUCUUGGUUAAGAUUUCUUAAGUUAUAGUAAUUCUGUUAUGGAAACAAUGGUU